UGGACUGCGCAUGCGACUUUCUCUAUACACGGCUUGGAGUUGUUUUGGAGCGGAAAAAGAGUAAGCCUGGGGGGUCUGACUAUCACAGGAAUUAGAACAAUAGAAAGGGUUCUGCUACCAGAAUGGACAUGGACGUGGAGUCAAGACAUGUCGGGAUCGGGCGGGGAGAACUGGAAGCUGGAAUACCUGCUGCUUGUUCUUCCAACUGCAGUGGCGGGGAGGACGACGAGACAGAGGCCAUCGGCCAGGCGAGGGAAGCCGGGGGCUCUAGUAGUCAACAUGUCCAUGAUGGAGGCGUGCUCGGGGGCGUAAGGGAACAGGAGGUGACGGUCGAAAUUGGAGAGACUUACUUAUGCCAACGAGCUGACAAGACAUGGCAUUCGGCAGAAGUUAUCCAGUCCCGGGUGAAUGAGCAGGAGGGAAGAGAGGAAUUCUAUGUGCACUAUGUUGGAUUUAAUAGGCGUCUGGAUGAGUGGGUGGGUAAGUCCCGACUGGCGCUUACCAAGACGGUGAAAGAUGCAGUGAGAAAGAGUACAGAGAUUGGCAUUGGUGAGUUAGGUGACCAGCCUGAGAGAAAGAUCACCCGCAACCAGAAGCGUAAGCAUGAUGAGAUCAACCACGUACAGAAGACAUAUGCAGAAAUGGACCCAACUACAGCUGCCCUCGAGAAGGAGCAUGAGGCGAUCACCAAAGUGAAAUAUGUGGAUAAGAUCCAGAUAGGAAACUUUGAGAUCGAUGCUUGGUAUUUCUCGCCUUUUCCUGAGGACUACGGAAAGCAGCCAAAGCUGUGGAUCUGCGAGUACUGCCUGAAGUACAUGAAAUAUGAGAAGACCUUCAGAUAUCACUUGUCCCACUGUCAGUGGAAGCAGCCUCCAGGUAAAGAGAUCUACCGGAGGAGUAACAUCUCUGUGUAUGAAGUGGAUGGACGAGACCACAAGAUCUAUUGUCAGAACCUUUGUCUUCUUGCCAAGCUCUUCCUUGAUCACAAGACACUCUAUUUUGAUGUGGAGCCCUUCAUCUUCUACAUCCUCACUGAAGUUAACAGACAUGGUGCACACAUAGUCGGCUACUUUUCCAAAGAGAAGGAAUCUCCAGAUGGGAAUAAUGUGGCUUGUAUCCUUACACUGCCACCAUACCAACGCAGAGGCUAUGGCAAGUUCCUCAUAGCUUUCAGUUAUGAGCUGUCCAAGCUGGAGAGUACAGUAGGUUCUCCGGAGAAGCCGCUGUCUGACCUGGGGAAGCUGAGCUACAGGAGCUACUGGUCCUGGGUUCUGUUGGAGAUUCUGAGAGACUUCAGAGGAACACUGUCCAUCAAAGACCUCAGCCAAAUGACCAGCAUUACCCAGAGUGAUAUCAUCAGCACACUGCAGUCGCUCAACAUGGUGAAGUACUGGAAAGGCCAGCAUGUCAUCUGUGUUACACCCAAACUGGUGGAGGAGCACCUGAAGAGUGCCCAGUAUAAGAGGCCACCAAUCACAGUUGACACUAUGUGUUUGAAAUGGGCACCACCCAAGCACAAACAAGCGAAGUUGUCCAAGAAGUGAGAGGUGGAGCCAGUGGUGCCACAUCUGUCAGUCAACCUGCACAUUUCUUUUACGACUUCUGUUCUCCUCAUCUUGUGAUGCCCUGCUUUCAUGAAGAACCAAUAUACAGUUGUAGUCUGUUAGUAAUUUGCCUUCUGUCAUAAAAUUCUUCAAUAAAGGAGAAAACAGUCCAA